UUUCUCUCUCCUUGGAUACCAUUCCAAUCUGCCUCCAGGCGGUUUCAUUCCGUCCGGCGGGAUCAUUAGACAGAAGGAGAUUAGUUGGCAUCAUGGUUAGGUCAGGGAGGACGGGAGAUUCUUCACGAAACGAGAAAGCGAGAGAAAGAGAUCAAGUAGUGCUAACCUCGACAAAAGUAGAUGGCCGAACUAAUUCAAAUGCAAGAAAACAACCGAGUCAGGGAGGUCCUUCCAAACCUAGUCCUGUAGGCAAGCCUGUGACUGCAAUUACGAAAUUGGCAAAAAAACCACAGGCCUUAGCUGAAUCAGAAGAAAAAGAGCCAUCUUCAACAACAACCUAUGAUGGCGUAAAACAAGAAGAGAUAACCUCAACAACAAUCCACAAGGAUACUCAUCCAGAACAACCAGAGGUUACCUCCACAACAGUCGAUGCUGGAACAAAUUCAGAAAAAUCUGUCGCGGGACAGCAUAGAAAGGCUAGUAAACGUAGACAGAAGAGGAAGAAGAAGAAGAAGAGUCUGGAAAGUACCAUGAGUACGGAUCAUUCCCAAGCUCAUCCAGAACAACAAGAGUCUACAAUAAUAAUUAAGAAAACAGAUCACCCUAAACAAGAAGAGCUAACCUCAACAACAGUCGCUGGCGGAACUAAUUCAGAACAGCAGCAGCAGCAAAAGCCUCAUAACCGUGAGGAGCUUGGGAAUACUUAUUCUGAGAAAGUGAUUCGGGCAGAAACACAAAGGCUCUUAACUGAAUUUGAACAACUAGAUCUAACCUCAACAACAGUCGAUGGAGAAACUCAUUCCAAGGAAGUCUCAACUGUAGAACCAAGGAAAACAAGGGAGCAACGGGAGGCUAUAUACAAAAGGGAGUUUUCUCAAAAUUGUGUCAAGGCUGCCAGAUUGAGUGAACGUGGUACUGUAAUCUACCGUUAUAUACCAACGCGGUCUUUUUGGAUGAGAAUGUGUCGUGAGGAAUGGGGAGUAACACUUGAAGAAACUACAACUUUAAUUAAAGAUAAUCGUUCUCAUCAUUUUUAUAUUGACAUCUGCGGUUCAUAUAUGGGAUAUGGGGUUAUUCUACGUGAUAGUAUGAAGAACCCAAUAGUUGCUCUUUCUAGCAUUUUGGAUCAUCAUAUUUCACAGUUUUAUUCUGAUUUGCAAGGGGUAUCCGAGGGUUUGAAACUUGCAAUAAAGUAUAACAUUCGUCACUUUGUUAUGGUUUGUAGUUCUCACUAUAUUCCUCAAUAUGUUAUGCGAAGUUGGGGAAAAAAAGAUGAAUGUUCUUGUCCAGCAAGAGAUGAUCCUGACAAUCCCGAAAAGAAAAAAAGUUAUUGCGUUGAUUGUUCAAGGAGUUUGUUACAUGAGAUUGGUGAAAAGGGGAACGCAGGCAAAAUAUUACCACUCAUUGAUGAAAUUUUUUACGAUGCUUUGGAGUUUAAAGGCUUUAUAUAUUUUAAUAUGCAUACUGAUGAAUUGUCAAGACUUAAAGCUGUUUGUCAUCUAGCAAAUUCGGGAAUGGAGCAGGAGCUGAGAUUACCUGAAAUUGAAGAGGAUGAAAAACUAGCAGAGAUUCUAUAUAAGGAUGUUUACCGUCACAUAUCUGAGGAGGAGGUGGUGCAGUAUCAACAGCUGAUGUUGCAGAAACAUUGACAAAAGGAUGAAAAAAUGGUACUCUCUAUGAGGAUGAUUACAGUCACUUAUCUGAGGAGGAGGUGUUGCAGUAUCAACAGCUGAUGUUGCAGAAACAUUGACAAAAGAUGAAAAAAUGGUACUCUCUAAAGAUGUUUAGCUCUUAGUAUUGUUAAUUCGAUAAUUUCUUGUUAUUAGUCAUACUGACAUAUGCUUAUGAAUGCAUUGCUUAAGUUAAACCUGCAUUCUCCUAACAUUCUAGAUUGAGUUUUGAAUGCUCUUAUAGUACAUCUUGAGCAUCUUUCUUGAAAUUACUUCUCUUUUGUCCA